AUGUGGUCGGUGUGGAGCUGCCUGUCCGCCCCCCUCUGUGUGGCUUCCCUGCUGUACGCGGGCGGCUCCUCCAUCGUCACGGUGACCUACCUGAUGUUCCUGGUCCUUUGGUGCCUUUUUGCGGAGAUGGGUGCGGGUGCGGGUGCGGAGGCGGGUGCGGGGGCGGCUGCGGGGGGGGCUCGGGAGGGCAGCCCGACCCGCAGCCUCCAGCCAUCAGCCCAGAAGCCCCGCCACACGCCCCAACCUCCAGCGAUUUCCGCUGAAAUAGAACAACCGAUAGAAACUGUGGAAGUGCCUGUUCAAAAGGAGUCCAUUCCAUUGGCACCAUUGGCAUCUGUGUCAAUCAACCAAGCCCUCAAAAGAGUGUUUGAUUGCAGUUACUCAGAGUGCAUCUUGUUGUGGUACAAACCACCUGAGCCCUCUGACGAGCAGCCACUUCAUCAAAUCCUGCUGAGGGAAUUUGACAACGCAGUCGAACAUGCGAUCGCCAAAGUCCGGAAUCUGGAUACCAUCAGGGUAGGACGAGGAUUGAUCCAAAUUCUCACUGAUCAUUUGCAAGCCAUCAAGAAGGAAGAACAAAGAGAGAUGGUUUUCCAGAAUCGACAGGAGGAAUUGACUCUUCUAAGGAAAUGCUGCAAAACCCUGGUUUGUAAUCUCCUGCCAGACUCCGUGUGGAUGGUGAACUGUUACCAGCGAUUACUGGAGGAAGUCAUUGCAAUAAAAAUUUUGGAGCCGAUGAUGAAUUUGGCUUAUGACCCAGAUUUUAUUAAUCAGAUGUUAAUUGAUCAUUUGGAUAAAGAUUUUUCAUCUAAACCCGAAGAAAAGGUGCCGGAACAGAGCACGGUAGAUUCAACUCCAAAAACAGAAGAGAGCAAACCAAAUGUGGUUGAAUUUGACACAUUGAAGAGAAACAAGAAACAUUUGAAACGCAAAUGGAUGGACAAGCUGCGAAAAUGGUUUGUCAAAUGGUCCACAAAAUCCAAGAAGAUGGAGAAUCGUGCAGUUAGUUCCACAAUCUUUUACCCAGAUGAAGUUGACAGUGACGAGGUUGAAUCUGGAAACAACAACCCGCAGUUCAAAUGCUUAACUUCCAACACUUUGGAAUCAGACGUCAAAAGUAAUGACUCUUCUGGUGACGAGGAGAAUUUGACCUCUUUCCAGGAGAAUGAAAUACCUGAAGAUGCGUUGCUCAGCGACACUAUGUUUGACCUGCUCUCUGUCUGCGAUAUUCACGUGGAGAAAAGUAAAUUUGAAGCGAUUUUAACAUGGAUGAUGACAGAUGAGUCCAGUGACGAUGAUGAGGAAGUUGGAGUCGAAGAUGGAGAUAGAGUUAAAGAUGAAGAUGAUGAAGAUAGAGUUGAAGAUGAAGAUGAUGAAGAUAGAGUUGAAGAUGAAGAUGAUGAAGAUAGAGUUGAAGAUGAAGAUGAUGAGGAGGCCAGUGAUGAAGAUAAGAUGACUGAAGGAGAUGAGGAAGAGGAUGGAAGCAGUGAUUCUGAAGACCAUUCUAGCACAGAUACAGCUAAUGCAGACUGUGAGAUACCAGCAGACCCAUCUGCAAACAUUGAGGAAGAUGGCAUUGGUGAGACAACUGGAAACCAAUGUGACAAUAAUACCAGUGAUGUGCAAAGUAGCGAAGGGUCUUGCAGAAUGGAUCAAGAAUCUGGGGAGGCGGAACAAGGGUCUGUAGCUUCCCGGUCGCCAUUUGAAAAUGCAGAUUUAGAAGUCGAGAAAGAAUUCAAUUUCAGAUCCCUCUCGUCUGCAACUGAAAGUACAAAUGUGGACUUCACAGACCCAGACAGUGACGUGGACGGAAGAAAGAGGAGAAAAAAACAAAAGGUUUUUCAAAAAUUGACACCUAUAGAACAGCCUGAAAGUUUCAGAAAAUGCUUAUUUCAACUUUUGAUGGAAAUAUUCAAUGGAGAAGAAUUCUGCGCAAAACUGAUUCGAUCCGGCAUUAAAUUUGAGUUUAUCCUGAAAUUCCUUGAUGCAUGGUUUUAUAGAAAGCUAUGCCAUAAAUUUAAUAAGGACCGAAUGAUUCACUACAUUGAUUCUCUAAGAGAGAAUCUCUGGCCUAAUGGGAAACCGGCAAAGCCACUUCCAAAAAGAACCACUGAAGAAAAAUUGAAAAACAAAGAAAAAGCAGAAUUGGUAGUGAGCACAUUUAAAGCUCCUCUUCCGAAAGAAGACAUGAAAACGUUUUUGGGCAAAUUUCAGGACGCGGAAAUCAAUAAACAUCUCCUUUAUAGAGUAUUUAUUUUUCUGUUGUUUGAAAUCGACCCCGCAGGAAAGGAUGCUUGGAAUAAUAAAACAUUGCCUUGUUUGAAAAUAUUAAAUGUCAACAUGUUAAAAAAGUAUUGACUGCUAUAAAAGCAAACACUGUGAGAAGAGAUCCCAUCUUAAACAGCACACGAUUCAAAAGCAAAGUAAGUCUUGAAAAUUUAGAAGUGUACAAUGCACUGUACAGAUUGAAAAAUGAAGCCUUUGACUCUCUCCCCAAAUCUAAUAUUAAUCAAUACAGGCUGGUCUGGUCUGAUGAAGGCAAUGGAGUGCUUCUGAGCUCUAUCAGAAUUUCACCUUCCAUUUCCUUCUCCGAGGCUGUUUCCUUGAGGUUACACAGGAACAUAGGAAUUGAUAGAAAGUAAAGACCAAGGUCCAUCUACUUUGCCUUCUACCAUCUUGGUAGUCGCAUGCUACAAUAAUAGAGAUGUUGAAAGCAAUUAAUUCUGUAUGACUUAGUCUACAGCAGAAUGGAAAACUUUGGGUACCUUAGAUCCAAAGUUGUCUGGUUCUUCCAAACCAUACAUAUCGUUUUUUUUUAACUUUUAGGUACUUUAAAAGUCCAUACUUCAGGAUUAUUUAAUCACCAUUUUCUUCCUAACAUUCAGGAUUAUUUAAUCACUAUUUUCUUCCUAACAUUUGGAAAUUAUGGGUGAGUAGCUCGAAGGGAAAAUGUUGACACAGAGAAUUGAACCCUUGAUGAGAUGUUUUUAAUUCUUUUAAUAACAGUGUGUUGGUGUUUCAAUGUUGGACCAAGCAUACUGAUUUACUAUUGCUGAAUUUCCAUGCCGCUGGACACUGUGUUUUCUGUUGUCUAUUUCCUGAAUAAUCUAUUUAAUAAAGUGCAAUUUACUUAAA